AUUAAAUAACGCACGCGAUUUUAUUAAAGUUUUUCAGGAUUAAAUAGAUUUUUACAAUGAAUCAGGCCGAGGUGACGAAGUUAAUGUCGCAGCUGCGAAUAGCUAUCCGCCCGCGGCAUCGCAACCUUAAAAAUAUCGACGGUCCCGAAGGACGGCUGCUUAAAUUACGCAAAACGGUGACGGCGCUAGUGAAACACGAGCGAAUCGAGCUUAACUACCAACGAGCGGAUGAGGCUCGUGCGUACGCAGAACGUUUAAUAUCUGACGCUAUACGCAAUGGAGAUCGCCACAAGCCGACGAUGGAAAUGGCCGAUUACUGGCUGCUGGAAAAGCAGCUCGUUCACAAGCUCUUCAAGGUGCUGGCCCCGCGCUUCGAGGAAUACAAAGUGUCGGCGACGCGUAUGUACAAAGCCCCAAAGGAGUACCCGGGCUGGUAUCGCAAGCGAGCGGUUUUGGAGCUACGAGGCAAUCCGUACCCUGCGCUAUUGCCCAAUCCAGCCAACAACCGAAACCUGCUGCACAAUUUGCUGAUGGACGAAGCGAAAAAGGACUACCGGAGGGAAAAGUACGCGGAAAUUGCCGCCCAGAUCGUACCCGGCAGUGCCCCGGUCGAGACUCCAGUGGUGGAAGAAACGACUGCUAACGAGCCACCGAAAAAGGCUCAACCGUCAGCCUAGUCCAAUGUACCUAGUUUAAUGUCAUUUAUUUAGAUUUAUAGUAGAACACAAGAACAAUAAAU